AUGUUACUUAAAACUGAAACCACCGAGCCCACCUUUCUCUUCACCUCCGAGUCUGUCGGCGAAGGCCAUCCCGAUAAAGUCUGUGAUCAAAUAGCAGACGCCAUCCUCGAUGCUUGUUUGACACAAGAUCCUCUCUCCAAAGUCGCCAUCGAAGCCGCCGCUCGACCCGGCCUGAUCUUUGUGUUUGGUGUCCUGGACACACAAGCUAAGGUUGACGUUGAUGCCAUUGCCCGCGCGGUCCUCAAGGAUAUUGGAUAUGACUCCGCCUACCAGGAACUCGACUACAAGACCUGCAAGGUAAUGGACCAUAUCGAGCGACGAACUACCCCGGAAGCUGCUGCACCAUUGGUCUUUCUCAGCACUUCCGAUACGGAAGCAGCUGGUGACCAGGGCAUUAUUUUCGGUUAUGCCUCGAAUGAAACCCCACAAUCACUGCCCUUGACUAUUGAAUUGUCGCACCGUAUUACGCGACAAAUGAAAACUGCCCGACUGGAUGGAACUCUUCCCUGGUUGCUACCAGACACCAAGACACAAGUCACCAUCGAAUACGCCAGACGCAAGAAUGGCGAGACGGUCCCGUUGCGGGUGCAUACUAUUGUGCUCACGGCGCAGCAUACACCGGAUGUGACAGUCGAGGAGUUGCGCCGGGAAGUUUUCGAAAAGGUUAUCUGCAAGGCCGUUCCCGCACAGUACCUGGAUGACCAAACGGUUUACUAUAUCCAACCAACUGGAGACUUGGGUGUGACUCCAUCAGGAAAAUUUGCUGGCGUCACCGGUCGAAAGAUCGUCGUUGACACAUACGGUGGAUGGGGUGCCCAUGGUGGCGGUGCCUUUUCUGGCAAAGAUUACCGCCAGGUUGAUCGUUCCGCUGCAUACAUGGCACGAUGGAUUGCGAAAUCGAUCAUCCAUGCCGGUCUCGCACAGCGGUGUCUUAUCCAGCUGUCAUACUCCAUCGGCGUUGCCGAGCCAUUGAGUAUCUUCGUCGAUACCUAUGGAACGGGCAAAAUGACUGAUUUGCAAUUGGAAAAAGUCGUGUUUGAGAAUUUUGACAUGCGACCUGCCUUCAUUGCGAAAAAAUUGGGAUUGACGAAACCGAUCUACUACCAGACGUCAAAGAAUGGGCACUUUACCAACUCACUGUUCCCAUGGGAGAAGCCCAAGGAUCUGAUUCUGUAG